ACCCAAGCAACUGCCCAGUAACACCCCAGCAAACAACUAGCAAUCACCUGACAACUACCUAGCAAGACCCUAGCAUCCAUCUAGCAACACCCUAGCAACCACCUAGCAACACUAGCAACCAACUAGCAACACCCUAGCAACUGCCCAGUAACACCCUAGCAAACAACUAGCAAACACCUGACAACCACCUAGCAACACCCUAGCAACCAUCUAACAACAAACCAGCAAACAUCGAGCAACACCUUAGCAACCACCUAGCAACACUUUAGUAACUGACUAGCAACACCCUAGCAACUGCCCACCAAUGCCCUAGCAUCAUCUUACCAACCACAUGACAACCACCUAGAAACACCGCAACAAGAACCUAGCAACACCUUAGCGAACACCUAGUAUCCACCUACCAACACCCUAGCACCCAUCUAGCAACACCUUACCAACCACCUCGCAAGACCUUACCAACCACAUAGCAAUACCCUCCUAACCACCAAGCAACCAUGUAACAACUCCAUAGCAACACCAUAGCAACAUCCUACCAACCACUUAGCAACACCCUAGAAACUCUGUGGCAACCACCAAGCAACACCAUAAAAAUCACCUAGCAACACCCCAGUAAACCUGGCAUCCACUUUGCGACACCUUAGCAACGACCUUCACUGAAGUCCCAUCAGCCCAUCAGUCCUCACUGAAGGCAGUCAGUUCCCAAGCCUACCUGUCCUCACUGAAGUGCCAUCAGUUUCCAAACCUACCUGUCCUCACUGUCAGUUGUCAGUAAUUUACUGUCAGUAAUGACUGAGCAUGUUUGUUUAAUAAUAUUUUCAAGGUCAAAAUUCUGCAUAGUUUGCCUUUAAGAUCUGUGGACCAAGGUGAGCUGCAGUGGAUAUCUAGAAAACAGAUCAAAUCUCAGCAAACCUAUCUGGAUGGAUAGAUACAGUAGCACUCCGGGUAUAUAUGAUAGAAUAUAUGAUAGAAUUUAAAUGCGUGUUCAAUAGUAAGCAAGAGAUUAUAUGUAAUGCAUACUUGGUUGGGUAUUCUCUGUUAUAGCCAUUUAAAAAGUGUCCAAUAAACACUGCUUGCUACUUACAUUAUUGGCCAUAAUGAAUGCAGUUUUUUUGUUUUUUGUUUGCUUACAAGAGAGCAUAAAACCCCCUAAAUUCAAGCCUAAAAUGUAUCUGUAAUUAUAUGAAAUGGAUUUGUACACCCAUUCUCACUUUGUUCAUAUGGCCCUGCCUAAGCCUGCUAACUACAAAUCCCUUUGUUGCACUUAUAUCAUUACUUAGAUGAGUUGGUCCCAGUCUGCAAGCUUGCACUUCUUAGAUUGAGAAAAUAGCUCCCUGAAUUCAGUCCAUUACUCAGCCACACAAGCUGCAGUACUGAGAAGACUGCGGAGGUGAAUUAAGGUAUGUUAUCAAUGCUUCUUAAAAUGUUUUGUGUUUCAUUAUAUAGUGGAUGGCUAGAAUUAUACCUGUAAAUUGCCAGAGUUUUAAGAGCUGUUUAUAUCCAUGUCUAUAUUCACAUAUAUAUAUGUACCUUGAUGUAGCAUUAAUUUUGCUCCUUGCAUAUGGAGCGGACUAUUCUGACCCUGUUUUUUGUAAUCAUAUUUUUGUGAAAUUUUCUUUGAGACAGGCCAAUAAAAACAUGCUGGCAGAAUUGAAUGUUUUCAUACUGCAGCUUGUCAGUGGGUAUGCUGUAAUAUUUCAAGAGAAAGUGCCUUCUUCACCAUUUGUUAUAUCAGAUUUACAAAACGCAUGUGAACCUGACACCUGUCAUACAUGCAUCAUUCUUCCUCCUCCACCACCACCUUUUCCACCACUGACAAUGAAAUCCAUAUAUAUGGAACCUGCUAAUGUGCUGCCUUAUCAAGAUUUUCUGCCUGACUAUUCCACUUCCACCAAUAUGGUAGAUGAGGAUGUCAUAGGACCGAAGGGUGAAAAGGGGCAGAGAGGAGAAAAGGGGGAGAAAGGUCUCCCUGGCCCAAUAGGACCAGAAGGGAUUCCAGGGCUCCAUGGUGUCAUGGGUCCUUCUGGAGAGCAGAGUGAAAAGGGAGAGAUGGGCUGGGUUGGGUUUCCAGGAGAAGUUGGGCUACCAGGAAUAAUUCAAGGUCGCCAAGGACGAGAUGGGACUAAAGGGAGGAAAGGGGAAAGGGGUGGCCAAGGCCCACAAGGUGACAAAGGCUCUGCUGGCUAUCGUGGUCCUCCUGGCCAGAAGGGUGACCCAGGACUGAAAGGAUGGAAUAUUGUAAAAGGAGUACAUGGCCCAAGGGGAGCACCAGGAAAAAGAGGCAAAUUGGGAGUGAAAGGCAAUCCUGGACUAUCUGGGCCCUUGGGACAUGUUGGAUCCAUGGGCCAGCAAGGCCCUACUGGAGUGCCUGGACUACCAGGGAAAGUGCAUAUUAUACCAGGACCAAAAGGGGAGAAGGGCAUCACUGGACCUUCAGUGAAAUGCAACUGUAGCUGGGCAAAUUCCUUUGAGCAUGUAACAAAAAACGAUUACUCUCAAGUUCCAUCAAUCUAUAUUGUGGACAGCGAGAAGGAGAUGUCUCAGUUUAAAUCAAAGAAUAUUAUGGUCAUAAGAAGGGACAUUCGCACCUUGUAUAUCUAUGACGGCAAUAAAUGGACCGCAGUACAGGUCUCUUCAGCAACUUAGAAGAAAUGGAUCAUCUACCUUUCUAUCUUAUCUGUCUCUGAUGUUCAUGCUGAAAAACUGUAACACACACACACACACACACACACACAAGCAAUUAUACAAGCACAGAUGCUUGCGCACACACACUUGUUUCGCCCAAACAAGACUGCUUUACGAGCUAAUAUAAUUGCUUACACACACAUCUGCUGCAUUCUCAAAACAAGGAACUGAACUCCACAAGCAAUGGCUGUUCUUCUUGUAUGACUCCAUUAGGCAAGUUGUUCAUUCACUUAGCUUUGCCAGCAAGCUUUCACAGUACUUCAAAUAUUAUGCUUUUGCUGUAUUAUUAGAUUUUUAGAACUUGAAGUACAACACUGUUUAAGUACAACCCCUUGAAAUGCUGCAACUUUGCAUGACAAACAAGUUGAAGUGAAAAUUAAAUGGAGAACUUGGACAAUGUGUAAUAAUUUUGACAUCCAGUUUAUACAUGAAAUCUAAUUUUAGUUAUUUUACUCAAUAAAAAGUACAAUCCAGCUACAAAGGGCGCAGUAGACUACCACAGUCACUGGUGCCUCCUCGUGAAGGCCAUACCCCAUUUUGUUGAAAACCAUUCACUUGCUCCUGCUUGAAAGCAAAACUGAAAGACAAUGAAGAAGACAAAGAAGGAAGAUAAAAAGACAAACAAAAAUGCCAAAAAGUUGCUGUGUUGUGCGUGGAUGACUACUGCUGGCAAAAUUAAAGAAAUAAAGAAAUAAAUUGAUCAAUAAAUUAAUAAAUACAUAUGUCACACGCCGUGACACCCCUGGGCGGACAGAACACAUGGACACAGGGAGGUAGCGAAUGACUGGAUUGCACCAACAUUUUAUUCAGUCUCAGAGGAGCAGGGAAUGGAGAGAGAGAGCACAACUAUUAAUUAGAACUAUUAAUAAACAAGCAUCACUCUCCUAGGAUCAGGGUCAAAACACCAAACUAAAAUAAUAACAAUAAACAAAACCAAACUGUAACGUUUGCUCUGCAGUUUCUGCUCUGUCGUGUCGGCUUCAGCCCUGGCUCUCUCUCACAACCGUAGUUUGUAGUCCAUAGUUCCCUGGUCUCAGAUGCCUACUGCAAGUAAGAAGUAAGAAGUAAGAGUAAGAAAAAUGUUUAUAUCCACAUUUUAUUUUUCACUUUUAUUUAUUUCAGGAUUGUUCAUGUAUGUGUGAACUAAGAAAUAAUUACAUUUCUCACCUACACUCAUGGCAGUGCAUUUUGAAUUUGUUUGUGACAUGGACUGUAGAAUGACCCACCUCUAGUAUCGGCAAACAUCUGGCUAGCGGUUGCUGCAGCAUAAAACUCAAUUUACAACUUUGCUACAUGCUACAUACAACUAAGAGAGCCAGUACUGGCUACAUAUGUGUUAGCCAAUCCUCUCUUUCCAAAAGUUGUAUUAAGCAUUUUUAGUUCUAUAUUGUAAUAUUGUAAAUGUAUGGAGCCAGGUGGAGCUGGUCUGGCUACAACUCACCAAGCACUUUAUUAGGAACAUGUUUACUUUAUUACACCUACUUAUUCAUGCGAUUAUGUAAUCAGCCAAUUGUGUGGCAGAAAAGGAGUAGUAAAUCCUUUAGUCAGAAUUAAUGAAUUGCACUAAAACUGUAAAUAUUGUUAGAAUGAUUAAAAUAUUGUCAAUGAUA